UAUUACGAUGAUCACAUUGGAACUUAUAAAGAACGCUUUAUGCCGAAUACAAAUAAUAGUGUUGCCUUCCAAAGCAGGCCCUUACAUCUCAAAUGACUACUGAGUUUAAAAGAAAUUUUCUGUGAUGAGUAAUUCUACGUUGGAUGUCAGUCGAGGCUGAAACUGUCUAUCUUAUGACAGUGACAGACAAAAAAACGCGAUAGUGGAGACGCGAGUCUUGCAUUUUGGUUUGAUAACUCUCAUCUAGAUUGAUAGAUUGAUACCUUAAAAAUCUUUCGAAAGCGUUUGAGUGAAUUCACUAAUAAAUAUAAUUUGAAGAUGACUCUGCUUAAAGUCAUACUUUCAGAACACUCGUAGAACUAUUCUCAAUCCCAUUUUCAUAAGAUUCGCUAAUUACCUAAUGGAUUAUCUCAGGAAAACUGUUUCUACUUUUAUAUAAAAGAAUAACUCAGCUGUAGCAUUAGAUGCUUUGAUUGCAUGUUGUUGCAUCAUUAAUUACUUCAUUUUCUUUGCCUUUCCACCAUUCUUGUGCUGCAUCUAUCAUCUAUGAUCACCACAGGUAGUAGUAGCAAACGGGUUUGAUCAGGUCAUUGACUAGAUAGCUUACGACAUUAAUAUUAUCAAAUUUGAUUUUUUAAAAAUUCAGUUCUUACUCAAACGCGCAGGAAGAUAGUUGUGGGGAGAAGCUGUGUAUUUUUUAGUGAUUUUGAAAAUGAGGAAAUUAUUUAUAGUUUAUUGGCUUUCUUUAAGCGUCUUAUUACGCUUAAGUGGCGCUGCGAUUAUUGAGGAUUCAAAACAUUUUCAACAAUUCAAGUUAGUUUAUAAUAAGCACUAUGGAUCUGAUGCUGAAGAGCGUAAAAGGGAACGUAUAUUUCUGAAGCAUUUUGCAUUUAUCGAAGAACAUAAUCAGAACUUUACGAAAGGACUGAGCAACUUUGAAUUGGGUAUAAAUGAGUAUGCGGAUUUGAGCGAAGAGGAGUUUGCGAGCACCAUGAGUGGCAGCGAUGAGAUCUUUGAUAUUCCAAGUAUUUUUAAACAAGGCGCCAACUUUAUACCACCAGCCAAUGUCGAGUUGCCCGAUGCGGUGGAUUGGCGUGUAUUGGGCGCUGUCACCGAGGUCAAGAAGCAAGGCCGCUGCAGUUCCUGUUGGGCUUUUGCCGCCAUCGGUGCACUGGAGGGUCAACAUUUUCGUAAAACUUCGAAGCUGGUAUCGCUCUCGGAACAGAACCUAAUAGACUGCACGAUUACAUAUGGAAACAAGGGUUGUCAGGGUGGAAAUAAGGAACGCAGUUUCCUCUAUAUACGCGACAAUGGUGGCAUCAACUCGGCCGCUGUGUAUCCGUAUCGCGCCCAACUGGACGCGGAGUGUUUGUUCGAUCCGUCUGCGAUUGUGGCGAAAAGCAAAGGUUUUGUCAAAAUUGCCGCCGACGAUGAGUAUGCGCUAAUGGCUGCUGUGGCUACAGUGGGACCAAUUUCGGUUAAAAUCAAUAUGAAAUGUCUGCGCAAACAAUUCUAUAGACAGGGUGUCUUCAACGACGCGCUUUGUGAGGAGCGUAAACCGAAUCAUGCUAUGUUAUUGGUAGGGGAUGGUCGGGAUAAUACCACGAAUAAGGACUAUUGGAUAUUGAAGAAUUCGUGGGGUGUUAGUUGGGGUAUGGAUGGUUAUAUAAAUGUGCCACGUCAUGUCAACUAUGGCGGUAUUGCGAUGGGUCCCAGUUACCCGUUGGUUUGAGUAUUGAGUAUAAAAAAUAUCUGUUUGGAAUGAACUUUUGAGAAAAUAAAAAAAAAAUUAUAAAUAAAUUUGAUAUAAAAUUGUGAAUAAUCUUUUAUCGGCAGGAAAACCUCUAUACAUAUAAAUCUGAAAUGUAGCUUUAGACUUCGAAGCCAAGACAUAGCCAUGUGAGUUACUAGAGUGUUGUCAUUCUUUUUCCUUAGAUUAAUUCGAUAGUUCGAUCCUACCAACAAUACAACUUUCAGAAAAAACAACCAAAUGAGAACCUCGAAAAUAUCUUCCGUAUUGCUCAAUACCUUGACGCGAGAAAAGUAAAGUACCGCUUACGAAUUUACUAAAUGAUCAAAUGUGUGUUCAAGAUCACUCCAUACCUCUUUCCGAAGCUCGCGAAAGCAAAAAGAAACCCUAAGAAAAAUUAAACGAGUCUGGGAUUCACAUCUGAUUUGUCAGUAAACAUACAAAUACAUAAUAUGAAUGAAAUAAAGUUAUUUAUUCAAAUGUGUGUAUAUAAUCAUAUAUAUUUAAACUGAUAAGUCUGUGUUUAAAUAAUAUUCUCUGUCUUC